AUGUCAAGUCCACCAUCAAUCGUUAGUGGAUAUGAUCCCAAGAAUGAUCCAGCCCGGAAGCCGCAAAGGUCAAAAGAUCCAGCAUGGAGGUUUGGCUAUUGGCUGAACCUACAAAACAAAGAUGAGGUGGCAUUCACCUUAUGUGGUGGCUCAGUUCAUGGAGGGAUUAAAAGGUUGAAGCAACAUUUGGCAGGAGGUUAUGGAGAUGCAAAACUAUGUUCAGGGUACAAGCCUCCAACACCAUAUCAACUUGGGGAUCCAUUACUUCAAGAAGCUGUGAAGUCAACAAGUACCAUGCGAGAGGAGCAUGAGAGAGCAUGGAAACAUUAUGGCUGCACACUCAUGUCUGAUGGAUGGUCUGAUAGGAGGGGACACCACUUAAUUAACUUCCUUGUAAACAACUCAGAGGGGACUUACUUCUUGGAGUCCAUUGAUGCAUCAAGUGAAGUACAUGAUGCAUACAUGCUUGCUAGUUUGCUAGAGAAGAAGGUUGAGGAGAUUGGGAAGGACAAGGUUGUUCAAGUUGUCACAGAUAAUGGUGCUAACUUCAAGGCUGCAGGCAAGAUUCUCAUGGACAGGAUUCCUACAAUAUUUUGGAGUCCAUGUGUUGUGCAUUGCUUGGAUCUCAUGUUAGAAGAUAUAGGGAAUUUGUCGGAAUUCAAGAAACCUAUUACACAUGAAAGGCAAGUGACAACUUUCAUCUAUAGGCAUGGGAGGAUCCUUAGUGCCAUGAGGGAGAAAAUAGGAGGGGCUGACCUUGAUGAGGAAACUAGAAGCAAGAUCAAUGCUCAAGCCAUGGAUUAUGAAUAUCUUAGAGGAGAUGCUUUUUCAAAUAAGAUGGCUAUUCAAAACCUUGAGUCAAUGAAUCCUCUUGAUUGGUGGCGUUCCUAUGGUGGUCAUGCUAUUGAGCUACAAAGGUUUGCAAGGCGUGUGGUUAGUCUUUGUGCUUCAUCAUCUGGCUCUGAGCAAAAUUGGAGCAAAUUUGAAUCUAUCCACACAAAGAAAAGGAACCGAUUGUUGCAUAAGAGGCUGAAUUCUAUUGUCUUUGUUUCCUACAACCAAAAGAUGAAAUCUAGGUUCCAAAAGUUAUGCCAGAACAAGGGAAAAAGCUUUGAUCCUUUGGUUAUUGAGGACUUUGAUUGGAACAAUGAGUGGGCUAACUCAUUGCAUGUACCCCCUCAAGGUGCUCGUGUGUGUGAGUGUGACCUUACUUGGAACCUUGUUGAUGAAGCUAUUGGAGCAUCACAAUCACUUCAAGGCCGGAACUUUCCAAGAGCAGCCCAUAGGCGUGCAAGAAAUUCUGCACCUAUGGUGGAUGAAGCUGAGUUGGGUUCAGACAAUGAAGAAAAUCCAGAUCCAUUUGAUGAUGCAGAUGUGACAGAUUGUGAGGAUGAUCCAAAUGAUGCCAAUGAAAUUGGAGAAGACAAUGAGGCAGCCAACGUUGCUGGAGAGUUUGAUUAUGGCUAUUGA